AGUAAUCAGACAGACAGAGAGUUGUUUAACAUAUGUGCAUAACAGCUUCUACUAUAUAGGUUGUCUGUCUAUAGCGCUGACUGUGAGAACCCACAGGUGACCAUGUGUAAUAAGGGAGACCAGCACUACUAUAAUGUCAUAAUAUAUAACAGUAUAUAAUAUAUAGAUUCUAUAUGUUGUGUGUCUUUAGGGCUGACUGUGAGAACCCUCAGGUGACCGUGUGUAAUAAGGGAGACCAGCACUAUCGCAGUUCCCCUAGCAACCAGUCGUCGUCUAGUGACCCGGGACCCUGUGGAAGUGGAACCUGGUCUCAACCGCCUGGAUACAACGGGUGUCCGUCCUCGGUCCUCCAUGAGUGCUCCAGAGAGCUACAGGGGGGAGACAGAGAGGGGUACAGGGACACCCUCAGAGAGCCCACCCUUGAGAGUACACGGUUGGCAGAGGCCAAGUGGCACAUCCCCUCCACCAAGAUCCUCAACUCUCGGAAACAAAGGGAUGGGGGCAAGGAGUCACCCAACAAGCAGAACCGGGGGGGAGAAAAGACAUCAAGUCACUCCAGCUGUAACACCCUCUCCUCCAACGCCUCCUCCAAUAACAGUGAUGAUAAGCACUUUGGCUCUGGAGAUCUGAUGGAUCCUGAGAUCCUGGGGUUGACGUACAUUAAAGGAGCCUCAACAGACAGCGGGAUCGACACCAACCUCUGUAUGGGGCCUGGGGGGAGGUUACUAAUGCAGGGGGGUUGUGGGGGUGAGGGGGGACACCCCAAGGAGGGCUGUGAAGGAGAGGAUCAUGGGAAACUGUACCUGCCGCAAGGAUAUGCGUCAGCGAUCAUGACUGGUCAAUUGACAGAGGGAAGCAUUGGGGACCUGAGUGAGAUCUCGUCACAUUCACACUCCUCCCACUCCAGUGGGUCCCACCACAGUGGCAGUCCCCUGGCGCGGGGAGCCCGGUACUGUGUAUCAGCUGACUCCUCCCGGGUCUACACCUUCCCUCAGACCAGCUCAGGGGCAGGUCCUGGGCCAGGGGCAGGGCUAGAAGCCAGUGGACAGACACGCCCACUUCCUGGUUCCAAACACCUGAAGAAGACUGAAGACUCGCCCACUAACGAAGAGCCUAAACUGUCAGAGUGUGGAGGAGCAGAGGGCUUGUUAUCUUUCCUCCUUAAAACGCUGUCUGAGCGCUCCAGGCAAUUGUACCUCCAGGAGGCAGCGUGUCACCAGGCAGCAGAGAGGGAGAGAGAGGCCAAGGCCCUGGAGAAGCUGUCUAAAGAAGAGUAUCUAAAGAUGAUGCUGGAGGAGAGUGGCCCAGGGGAGGACGGACGCAGGAAGAUGUCUGCGACGGGCAGCCUAUCACCACGGCGCUCCCUGUACCGUACCCUAUCAGACGAGAGUGUGUGUAGCAGCAACAGGAGGGGCUCGUCCUACGCCUCCUCCCAUAGUUCCAUGCUGGACCAGGCGCUGCCCAAUGACAUCCUGUUCUCCACCACGCCACCGUAUCACGCCACCCUGCCACCGCGCAUGCCGGGACAGGGGGGAGCUAACCUCAGGAAUGAGUUCUGGUUCUCUGACGGCUCGCUGGCUGACAGGUCAAAGUUCAACGACCCUGGUCUCAUGCCCCUUCCUGACCCCGCCUCCGGACUCGACUGGUCACACCUGGUGGACGCUGCACGCACUUUUGAAGACCAGCGGGUGGCGUCUUUCUGCACCAUGACAGACAUGCAGAGGGCCGAGGCACUCCACAUCUCACAGGAACUGACCAGACGCGUUGCUGCAGCUGAGGGGGCCGCCCUGGAGGCAGGGAACAGCUCUCCCUCCACUCUGACUGGUAAAGUCAACCAACUGGAGGUGAUCCUGACUCAACUCCAGUAUGACCUCAGAAAGGAGAAGGAGGACAAGGUGUUGCUGCAGGUAGAGGUGCAGCACCUGAGACAAGACAACAUGAGACUACAGGAGGAGAGUCAGACAUCAGCCGCUCAACUCAGGAAGUUUACUGAAUGGUUCUUCCACACUAUCGACAAGAAGCCCUGAAACUGGAGGGCUAAUGCCCCUGGGAACAAGGACACGUUACUACCCCAGGGGGCAACAGAACCCUGACCACUACUGCCAUACUACUGCACUGAGAGAUACCUACUGCCCAAGGAGCAAUGGAACCCUCUACUGCCCUUGGGGGGCAACUAGACUUCUCGAAUGCCACAUGGACAGACAAUUUCUACAAGCUCAUGCUCAAGGCCCCAGGGAUAAAACAUAACUAUUCAAGGAAACCCUGUGCUGUGUGGGGGAGUCUGUUCUGGGGAACCCCUCUUUCUCUGUCCUGGGGAACCCCUCUUUCUCUGUCCCCUGGGGAACCCCUCUUUCUCUGUCCCCUGGGGAACCCCUCUUUCUCUGUCCCCUGGGGAACCCCUCUUUCUCUGUCCCCUGGGGAACCCCUCUUUCUCUGUCCCCUGGGGAACCCCUCUGUCCUGGGGAACGCCUCUUUCUCUGUCCCCUGGGGAACCCCUCUUUCUCUGUACCCUGGGGAACCCCUCUGUUCUGGGGAACCUUUCAUGAGGAUUCAACUUAAUAUCUGCUAUCUGCACCAGGAAUCAACAGGACCUGCUAUCUGCACCAACCAUGUGGCAGACCUGGACUGUAAAGGCACAGUGGGAUAAAAAUAACAAAUAAAUAAUGAAUGUAGCUCAACUGACCUGAGAAGUAUUUUUUACUGUCUGUUUCCUCAACGUUCCUAAAGCCACAAACACUUAGAAGCCAACCUGACGUUAGAUCCAAACACUUAGAAGCCAACCUGACGUUUGAUCCAAACACUUAGAAGCCAACCUGAUGUUUGAUCCAAACACUUAGAAGCCAACCUGACGUUAGAUCCAAACACUUAGAAGCCAACCUGAUGUUUGAUCCAAACACUUAGAAGCCAACCUGAUGUUUGAUCCAAACACUUAGAAGCCAACCUGACGUUAGAUCCAAACACUUAGAAGCCAACCUGACAUUAGAUCCAAACACUUAGAAGCCAACCAGACGUUUGAUCCAAACACUUAGAAGCCAACCUGAUGUUUGAUCCAAACACUUAGAAGCCAACCUGACGUUAGAUCCAAACACUUAGAAGCCAACCUGAUGUUUGAUCCAAACACUUAGAAGCCAACCUGAUGUUUGAUCCAAACACUUAGAAGCCAUCCUGACGUUAGAUCCAAACACUUAGAAGCCAACCUGACGUUUGAUCCAAACACUUAGAAGCCAACCUGACGUUUAUUCCAAAAACUUAGAAGCCAACCUGACGUUAGAUCCAAACACUUAGAAGCCAACCUGAUGUUUGAUCCAAGCACUUAGAAGCCAACCUGACGUUUGAUCCAAACACUUAGAAGCCAACCUGACGUUAGAUCCAAACACUUGGAAGCCAACCUGACAUUUGAUCCAAACACUUAGAAGCCAACCUGACGUUAGAUCCAAACACUUAGAAGCCAACCUGACGUUAGAUCCAAACACUUAGAAGCCAACCUGACGUUUGAUCCAAACACUUAGAAGCCAACCUGACGUUUGAUCCAAGCACUUAGAAGCCAACCUGACGUUUGAUCCAAGCACUUAGAAGCCAACCUGACGUUUGAUCCAAACACUUAGAAGCCAACCUGACGUUUGAUCCAAGCACUUAGAAGCCAACCUGACGUUUGAUCCAAGCACUUAGAAGCCAACCUGACGCUUGAUCCAAACACUUAGAAGCCAACCUGACGUUUGAUCCAAACACUUAGAAGCCAACCUGAUGUUUGAUCCAAGCACUUAGAAGCCAACCUGACGUUUGAUCCAAACACUUAGAAGCCAACCUGAUGUUUGAUCCAAACACUUAGAAGCCAACCUGAUGUUUGAUCCAAACACUUAGAAGCCAACCUGAUGUUUGAUCCAAACACUUAGAAGCCAACCUGACGUUUGAUCCAAACACUUAGAAGCCAACCUGACGUUAGAUCCAAACACUUAGAAGCCAACCUGACGUUUGAUCCAAACACUUAGAAGCCAACCUGAUGUUUGAUCCAAACACUGAUUUUAAAUACUUUUGUUUAAUCUUUCUGUUCUUCCCUGUUGUAAUAUAGAAUCGCAAAGGGGCGGUUGAUUAAAAGGUGCUCCCAAAGGGGUGGUAGGGUUGAUUAGGCUCCUCCUCUCACGUGUUGUAGCUGUCGAAUGAAAACCUCUUAUCUCCACAACAGAACAUUUUCAGGAAAUGGGGAAAAACUGCCAUAUUUUACUAUACCAUUUUACCGAAACCUACAUAGUUUUAAAAAACGAAUAUUUGUUCUUGUCCUAGAGUCAUGAAGUGUUCCGAGUACAUUGCGGGGAGUUAGUGCUUUCAAUUUCUGUAAACAAAUAAAUACUAAAUGGUCAAAUUACAAAAAAUUGAGUUACAAGGUUUUCAUUCGACAGCAUUUGUAAAACCUAUCUCUCACUUGUCUGUAGAUAUUCCGCUGUCACCACGUCUUAGCAAUAACAAAGUAGUUGUUAUUAUAAAAGUGUGUUUUUAAAAGUUAGCAGCACAAACGUAAGCAGCUCCUGAGGGGAGAACGACGGUUCUAUUUGACAUGUAUCGAUAUCCUACAAGAGACUGUGGGUCUAUAUAGGUGUAGAAUAGUAUGGGUCCUUUCUCGUUGCUUUCGUUGUUACUACUCUUGCCUUGUCCAUGGAUCGCUCAGCUGAUACACAAACCUGGACUGCAUACCACAAGGCACACUAUUCCCUACAUAGUGCACUACUUUGGUCAAGAUUUGGUCAAAAGUAGUGCACUAUACUUUAGGAAUAGGGUGCCAUUUGUGAAGCAAACCCUAAUGCGUUAUAAUCACAGUAGCAAUCUGGGCCCAUAGGGCUCUGGUCUAUAGUAGUGCACUAUGUAGGGAAUAGGGUGCCAUAGGGCUCUGGUUUAAAGUAGUGCACUAUAUAGGGUGCCAUGUAGGAUAUAGCCAAUCACACUCACAAUGUCAAAAUGUCUCUCUCUGUACAUACGCUCCUCUACUGAAGUGUCUUGUUGUAUUUCAUAUUUAUAGAAACUGAUUUCACCUGAAGUUGUUUGUUUGAUUAAUUAAGCAUCAUAUCAUAUUCCUCGUUCAGCACUAGGUUGGGAAAAAACUAUGUUUAUGUUGUAAAGUAUGUGUGAAGCUUCAUUUACAGGGCAGAAAUAUAUUAAAAUAUACAACUGAUUAUUCUUGUUGACUGUGUCCCAGAGCUCUGGUCUAAAGUAGUGCACUACAUAGGGUGCCAUUUGGGGACUCAUGUUUGUUUUGUUUUGGAGAUGAUUCCAACAUUUGGAUGCUGCUAGAUAAUCCGUCUGUUGGUUUGUUGCUUUUACAGGAUAAUAAUGUCUUUCUACGUUUAACUGUUUCAGCUCACAUCAGAUGUGAUAGGUUGCUUUGGUUUUCUAAAUAAAUGUAGUAUGAAAAUAA